GGCGCCGCUCACCGGAAGAGGAAGAGCAGACAGCUGCUGACGAUCGCCGGUUUUUCUGAUGAAAUCUCCCAGCGGAGCCACAGCGGAACGACGCGGCGGCUGAAGCUCCAGUGUUCCCAGCACCGAGCAGUAUUACCGGAGGGAGGAUAAAACAAACCUCGACAGCCGAUGAAGGAGCGGAUUUAACCGGACUGUUUGAAUUCUUCACUCUGAGGAAUCAUAGUCGCCUGUGCUAAGCUAGCUUUGCUAAGCUAACCUGCUAACUAGCAGCCUCGCGCCGCGUCACGGAGAGUAACCGGACAAGAUGGCUCCUCGUUCCUCUUCAUACCAGUAUUUCUCCUCGUUUCACAGCUGCAGUCUGCUGAACCCGGUUCUGUUCUCUGACUCCGGAACCACACGAAAGAAGUCCAAACAGCACUCUCACCGAAAUGUUCCCGGCUCAGGUUUUAUGGACCGUAUUUUCUGGGUUCCGUGCGCCGCCUGUCAGUAACGUUUGACAGCUGUCAGAUUAGCAGCUAGCUGAGUUAGCUUUAGCCUGUGUGCUAACCUGCUAUUUUUAGCUUUAGCCUGUGUGCUAACCUGCUAUUUUUAGCUUUAGCCUGUGUGCUAACCUGCUGCCAGUGUUAGCUGUAGCCUGUGUGCUAACCUGCUAUUUUUAGCUUUAGCCUGUGUGCUAACCUGCUAUUUUUAGCUUUAGCCUGUGAGCUAACCUGCUGUCAGUGUUAGCUUUAGCCUGUGAGCUAACCUCCUGUCAGUGUUAGCUUUAGCCUGAGCUAAGUUGCUGCCAGCUGUUUCCUGAGGAGGCUCUACUCUCUGCACGUCCUUCAGUAAAAUGUUCAGGAGCAUGGACAGUGAGAGGCGUCUCUCUGACGGGCAGAGGUCAUCCAGCAGGGCGGUGGUGGGGGGUCAGGACAGCUCGUGGGUGGGCCUGCUGUCCCGGCCGGCGCUGUCUCUGCUGCGGAGGCUGCGGCUGUGGAGCGCGGCUCCUCUCAGCAGCUCCGCCGGGGCAGAAGAGGAGUUUUUCAGAGAAUUCACAGAUAUUUUCCCGCUGACUCAGUCUGGAGCUCCGCCCCUCAGCUUCACGCGCUGUCAGCACCUGGGAGCCGCGGGCCUGCUGGAGCCGGGGGCCGGGGGCUCACAGCUCGGCUCUUUGUCUUCUGUCAGGACGGUUCUGAACCAGGUUCUGCUGAACCCACAGGAGCUGCAGUCCAUGGGGGGGCAGGCCUGGAUGUCAGUGAGCCCCCCGGGGAGGACAGGCUCUGCAGGUAAAGGUGGGCCGUGGUGGGGCAGCCUUCUGUGGGAGGAGGACACCUCACAGGGGGGGUCCUGGCCCAAUGGGGGGGCAGAGACAGACCGGCUUUGUCCUCCAGCUGCAGCAGGGACAAAGGCCCCCCCUGUUCAAACCAGUUCUGUGUUAGACUGGAUGCUGGGAGAAAAGUCUGGACCCCCUCACAACAAGAUCCUUCACACAGUCCAGGACUCAGUGGACCAGCUGAGCCACACUCAGGGGGGUCAGGACCUGGGCUACUCUAGUCUGGAGGAGGAGCUGUCCUACAGGGGCCUCCAGUCCCUGGUCAGGGUCCCAGGUGAGGAGCAGUGUGGGGGGGUGAGGGUCCCAGGUGAGGAGCAGUGUGGGGGGGUGAGGGUCCUCUCUGCCCCCCAGUGUCAGAACAAAACCAUUGCCUUCAUUAUGGGCUGUCCCUGCAGCGACGACAGCCAAUCAGAGUCCACUGAUGGUGAUGAUGAUGAUGGCUUCAACAGUGAGAGCUCCUCUGAUUGGUCAGACUCUGAUGAGGAUGAUGAAGAUGAGGAAGAGUCAGACUCUGACAGUGGACCAGACUCAGACUCUGAGCGCCUCUGGACCUCUUUCUGCCCAGCUGUGGAUCCAUACAACCCUCAGAACUUCACGGCCCACCUACAGACAGGCAGAGACCCCCCUCAGACCACCCUGACCCCCUCCCCUCAGCCCGGCCCCUCCCCCCCACCUCAGGACGUGUGGGACGACUCAACAUCUGCCAGUGAGGUGGACGAGGCUGAAAGUCUUCGUCUCCUGAGCUCCCUCAGCUGCUCCUCUGACCCCUACAGCCCCUUUAACUUUCAGGCCCCCAUCAGGACCCACGCAGCCCCUGGACCCCCCAGACCCGCCAAGACCAGGGUCAGAAGCAACACAGCCCCCCUGACUCCGGUCCACGACCACAAAUCUCCACCUGAAUACAAGAAGGAGGAGGCCGAGGAGAGGCUGGACAGUGGCUUCUCAGAGGCCCCGCCUUCUGCCUCAAGCUCCGCCUCUCUGGCACAGAGCUGCAAGAACCUUAAGAAGGUCCGGUUCUGCGACCAGGUGGACGAGUUCUUCGCCAGCUGUGGGGAGGAGGAGGAGGAGGAGGAGGACCGGCGUGGCCCGUGGGAGGAGCUGGCCCGGGAUCGCUGCCGGUUCCAGCGGCGCUGUGAGGAGGUGGAGCAGAGCAUCGGGUUCUGUCUGCAGCCACAGCACCGCCAUCGGGUCCUCCAGAGACUCGCAGUCCUCUCUGAGUCCUGAGGACGUCCCCUACAGGUGGACAAGUCCAAACAGCAGGGAACCGUCUGGUUCUGACCCGUGACUGUGUGUUCACCAGGUCUCACCUAACGUCAGGACUUCACCGUGUGCUCGUUCAAAGAAUUGAUCAGAAUUACAGAUUAAUUUUACAAAUAUUAAGACUUUUUCUCUUUCAAAGAGAAACAAACUGUGACGGUCUCAGUGGUUCUACAGAACCCAUCCAUCCUGUCAACAGAACUGUGAGCCGGUGUGUUAACGAGCUCGUUACAGGGGGAGGAGCCACAGGUAUUAAUUAUCCUAUUAAAGCCAAAGAUGGUCGAGUUAAUGAAGUAAAAUGUUCUGAGAGUCAGGAUUCAGCUGCUGAUCGGAUCACUGUGGUUCUGCUUAUGACCUGUGGGUCAGGGGGGGCGGGGUCAGGUUGGUCAGAGGGGGCGGGGUCAGGAGGCCGUCUGACCGUACCUGCAGUGAUUAUCUGUGAGAUGGAAGGAGGACGUCUCAGGACCUUUGUUUGUGAAAGAAUCUUGAUUCUGAGCUGAGAGGAAGUGAAGGAAUCUGAUCAAAGUGUUUGAUAGAAAUAAAUGAAACCUAAUCAGUAAGAACAGGUCACCUGGCCAGGUGAGGCCGACCUGCAGAGGUCAUGUGACCUCACUCCUACCUUUAACAUGAGGAACACAAAGUGUUUUCAGGACUGAAAACAAAAAACAGAGUGAAACGUCUCAGUCUAACAGGAUCUUUGGUGUUAUUUUAAAUCAAAGUUUAUAUUUUUCUAAUUCAGAGUUUGACUGAUGUUCAUCUGAUCUUCAUCUCCUCACAGACUGAUGAUGAUGAUGAUGAUGAGUUAAUAAAUCAGGUUCUGAUCAUCCAGA